AGUUGUAUAUAUAGGAUCCAAACCGUGUCUCGGUAUUGUUGUCAAAAUUCAAUAGUAAAUUAACAGAUUAAACGCGUAAAGGAAAUUUCUUAUAUUGAUCAGAAAUCUUACCAAAUUUAAUGCCAGCACGCUUAAAAUAUUCAUCAACUAAUUGGCGCUACGGCAGCACGAAAACCACCUCGUCCAGCAGAUACCAAAGAGGAAUCAGCGUUAGCCUUUAAUUGAAUUAGCGCCGUUCAGUGGUGCGCCUUUUAAUUUUCCCACACACAGGACUAGUUAAAGAACGACUUACGGCGCAAUAGCGGUCAAGGCAACAUCUGCUUGGCUCCAGCUACUCCAGCACUCGAGUACUGAAGCCAAUAUAGGGUGUGUGAUCCAUUUGCAUUGUCUGCUGAGCAAGGCCCAAGUUGUCUUUUAGCGCCAGCGCGCGCUAUGCCAAAGAUUCGUCUGGAUACGAUAAAGCGCUUCCACGGUGACUUAGACGAACCAACGAUACGGUGAGAGAUUAAAGUACAGCACCACACGAUUGAGGAACAUCAUGUCCCUGCUGGCCCUCGGCGGCGGAGGCGGCGGCACCGAAGACGGCAGCUCCAGCGAUACCGAACCCGAUGCACUCAUUGAUUUUACGACUAUGCUAAUGGAGCGGAAACAUGAGUGCACUGGGGGUUGGUUUAGCUGCGGAAGCAAGCUGCAGUCCCAGGCCCACGAGGACCACGGCUACUACCUUGGACAGUAUGUGCUGGGCGUACUCGAUUUUAGCUCGCAAUAUGGUAUUGAUUACAGCAUAUCCUACACGGCGUCUAAUGUGAUUGGCAGGCCAGCCAAAUUUCCUGCCUACGGUGACUACCCAGAGACCUUUACAAUGCGUACCUACGGUGAUUGGUGGCAGCAAGCGCCAUCGGCCACCCAAGAGAUUCAGGCACAGAAUUUGCCAGCUCUGCCCACACAUGAUUUUAUUGUUGUUUAUUUUGAAAAGUUUGUGGUGCCAACGGAGGUCGCCAUCUUCGAGACAUUCAAUCCGGGCGGCGUCGUGCGAAUCUGGGCCUACAGCAUCACCAAGCGUUGGAGCUGUCUGUGGGAGGCCACAGGGAGCGAUUUGAAUCAUGUACCACGCGAUUCGCGCCGCUUUGCACCGCCUCUAAGAAAAACUAAUAUAAUUACCAAAACGUUGCGCAUUGAGUUUAAUCACAGUCGACUAAAUUACUACACCGAGAUAGAUGCCAUUAUGCUGUGCGGUAGAACGGUUCCAAUGCGCUGCAUGCACCAGCUGCUUUCGCCCGCUGGCAAGCGGCUCGCUAACACUAGAGAGGAGAGUGGAAAUGGGCCCAUCAGUUGCAAGUUGCGCACGCUGAAGUUCCAGCCCAGCUGCCAGGGGAACGAUGCUGUCAAGCUUCACGAGUUUAUUAACAACGACCUGAGCAAGUUCUUGAUGGACAGCCGCGUGGAGUCUGAGCAACAAAAGAACAACAGCACGACACGAAUCUGUCUAACGGAUCUGCCGUGUGAAAUCCUGUUGAAAAUACUCAGCUACCUGGACCUAAAGUCGCUCUUUCGCAUGGGUCAAGUGUCGCGCUUGUUCUACGAUAUUUCCACCCAACCGCUGCUCUAUUGUGACCUCAGCCUAAAGGCCUAUUGGCAACUGGCUGACUCCGAGCUGCUGUGUACGCUGGCGCGACGGGCGACGAUGUUACGAAAACUGGACUUGUCAUGGUGCGGCGGGUUCGGAGAAAUUUCGCCCACAGAGUUCAAAAAAUUUCUAACCCAACGUGGUGACAAUCUCACCCAUUUGCGCCUUAACUCGUGCAAGUUUCUCAAUGCCACCUGCAUUGAGACAGUUGGUAUAGUCUGUGAUAAUCUGAUAGAAUUGAGCCUACGAAACUGCACGACGAACCCGCCGCUACUCAAUUUUUCCUGCUUGGCCAAUCUGAAGAAUCUGGAGCGGCUCGAUCUCUUUCAAACUGCCUUUGAGUCGGAGCUAUUAUUAAGCAUGCUAGAAAGCAAUCGAAAAUUAAAGCAUUUGAAUCUUGCCUUCUGUGGUGUUUCGGUAAACAUGGACAAUGUCGCAACCCAUCUGGGCACAUACAACACCCAACUCGUGUCACUGGACAUGUGGAAAGCACACUUUUUGUCCGCGCGGGGACUGCAAUCGCUGUCUCGCUGCCAACAGCUAGAGGAAUUGGAUCUGGGCUGGUGCAUGCGAGAAGCCACUUUGGGCGAUAGCCUAUACCAGCUGCUCUAUAACUGCCCCAAACUGAAGAAACUCUUUCUGUCGGCAAUGCGAGGCAUCACAGAGCGUGAUCUCAUGCAUAUCGCAACACUGGGCAAAAAUCUAGAGCAGUUGGAUUUGAUGGGCAUACUUAACAUAACCCACGAGCGCGUUUAUGACAUUCUGGUGCAUUGUUCCAAGCUAAAACUGUUGGAUUUGUGCUUUUGUGACAACUUCAUGGAUAGUGAUUUCGAUUUAAUUGCGGAUUGGUCAAGACUCUUUAAUGUGGAUAUUAAAAAUAGCCGCAUCUACAACUCCAGCUAGUUUUAAUUGAAUGGCAUACCGCAUGCUAUAUAGAGUAAGCGACAGUGUAGCUAAUUUAUAUUAUCUA